UGUUCUGACAAGUAUUAAGUUUGCAAAAUCUUGUCCCCCUUGGUUUAGACCUUUAUAAUUGGUUUAGACCUUUACAUUUGACCUAAAUUUGCAACUCGAUCAUGGUUCUUUCCUUCGUUUACCGUUUGAUUUUUCGUCUGAUGGCUGUGAUCAUGGCUGUUUUUCAAUUUCAAACUAAGGAGCAAACAAUGUCUUUGAAGAUUCUGGUAAACACAGAUACUAACAAAGUUGUAUUUGCUGAAGCAGAUAAAGAUUUUGUGGACAUUCUCUGCAGCUUCUUAACAUUUCCAUUAGGUACCGUUGCAAAACUUGUUCAGAAAGACUCAGAAAUAGGUCCAAUUACAAUUGGUUGUCUCAACUCUCUCAAUCAAAGUGUGCAAAAUCUUGGCUUGUUGACUAGUUAUAACUCAUCGGAAGAGUAUUACAAUACUCUCAAAAUUAACAUUGAUGAUACUGUGCCCACAAAGUACUUCAUCUGUUCCAGUUUUGAUGAGUUUUAUUAUCAAUGUUGUUAUUUGAGCUUAGGCACCAAAAAUCAUUAUUGUGAAUUUGGGCAUCCUUUAUCCCGUUUAGUUUCCCUGUCAUCUUCCAUGUUUCAGAUUUGUUUUGGAUUUGUGAAGCCUAAUACAAGUUUUGUCAUCAGUGAUGAUUUAAUUGUGUUGCCGCACUCCAUGGAUUACACAAUCUUUGAUCUCACCAACAACUUCGGAAUAAGAAGCACAAGUUCAAUCAAAGAAAUGAUUGUCAAUGUCACUAAGGACAAGGUAUUGGAUCUGUUGAAGUGUUCGUUAUUUUCCAAGACACCUCUAACCGAUGUGUUUUUAGGAAUGAAACCUCUUAUUGACAGAUCAAUAAUUUUCUCAUGUGAUGUUAAUAACAUUUUUAGAGGUGAUUAUAUUGAUAUCACAGUGAAGCUAGUUAUAAGAAAAUCAGAUGAUAUUAUAUUGUAUGCUCAAGGGGGACAGGAUUUUGCAGAGUUGAUUAUACGAUUUCUAACAUUUCCGUUGGGUGGGGUUUUACGCAAGUUAGAAGGUAAUAAUUCUUUGGGUAGUAUUGAAGGAUUUUGCAAGAGCAUAGCCGAUUUAAAUGAAGACAAGUAUAUCAUAUUAGAAGCAAAGAAAAGGCUUAUGGAGCUAAAUGUUCUGCAUUAUUAUUGUCAUGUUCAUGGUAAUACUACUCCCAAUCAAAGAAAAGCUGAAGUCACACUUUUCAAAAGUAAUGAAGUUUGUAAUGAUGUGCAAAAUCUAGUAAAAAUGAAAUUGGUUAAUACCAUUACCAUACCGCCUACGGAACGUCCUGGAAGUUAUACCAAGACACCAGAAAUGUAUAUGGUUACGGAUGAUCUGGUCGUAGAGCCGUUGCUGUCUCCAGUUUCAUCAGUAUUUUUACUUAACCGUUUCGAAACUUCACUUAACGAUUUGAAGGAAAAAGUUGUCACCAUUGGCAUCAAAGAGAGUCUGAGCAUAUUUAAGGAAGCUUUAAACUCAACAUCGGCACUCACAAAUGGUCUCCGUCACCUGUUAACCCAAGUUAAGAAGGAGAAAUGAGAAAGAUGAACAUUGUGUUGUUGUUUAAGGAAAGUUAGUUAUGGGCAACAUUGCUAGAAUUUCUGUAUUGUUGUUGUUAUUCAAUAUAUAGCAUUAUUGUUAAGAUCUUUAAGUAUUGGAGUACCGAUUUCUGGGUUUAGAAUGACAUAUUUGCUUCUUUUCCUCU